GGGUGCGAACCGACCGAACUGCUCCGGUUCGAGAGCAUAGCAUUUCGUCUCAGAUAUUCUUUCGUGCUACCAACGCGUAAGCGGGAGGGAAUGAAGGGUAAAAGCGAAAAUCAAAAUCACGAAGCUGUGAGCCAUAAAAAUAGGGGUCCAAGAUCCGGCGAUUACCAUGACCAUUUCUAUUUCCCUCACCGUCUCCGUUCCUCUCCACGGCAACUACGACCACAUCCACCUCCCGCCUGUUCCUCUUCCCUUGCUGUCCGGUCCAUCUCCUCCGUCUUCUGUUUCUUGGUCGCGGCGCUGGACCAUCGUGCGAUCCACCAGCGGCUUCUCAGGUAUGGACAACAAUGCUAGUUCAAGUCUGUUCCCUUUGCACCGCUGCAAAACUCUACACCUGGUUAGGCAUGCGCAGGGAAUUCAUAAUGUGGAAGGUGAGAAGGACUAUAAGGCAUACUUAUCACCAGAACUUUUUGAUGCUCACCUUACCCAUUUAGGAUGGGAUCAGGUUGAUAAUUUGCGCAAGCACGUCCAUGCAUGUGGGCUUGCUAAGAAGAUUGAUUUGGUUAUCACCUCCCCAUUGCUAAGGACAAUGCAAACUGCUGCAGGGGUGUUCGGCGGGGAUAGCUAUGCUGAUGGAUUAAGUGCACCCCCACUGAUGGUGGCAAAUGCUGGGAAUAGCGGCCGUCCUGCAAUUUCAAGUUUGAAUUGUCCACCUUUUAUUGCAGUGGAAUAUUGUCGAGAACACUUGGGAGUACACCCAUGUGAUAAGAGAAGAAGUAUAAGCGAGUAUCACCAUCUUUUUCCUGCAGUUGAUUUUUCUUUGAUAGAAGAUAAUGAAGACAUUUUUUGGAAAGCUGAUAUAAGAGAGGCAAAUGAAGAGGUUGCUGCUAGGGGAAUGAAAUUUAUUAACUGGUUGUGGACACGAAAAGAGAAGGAGAUAGCUAUUGUUACUCAUAGUGGAUUUUUGUUCCAUACCUUGAAUAUGUUUGGAAACGACUGUCAUCCUGUCAUUAAAAAGGAAAUCAGCAAGCACUUUGCCAAUUGCGAGCUCCGGUCAAUGGUGUUGUUUGACAGAAGUAUGCUCGGGCAAGAUUCCUCGAGUAGCAAUUAUCCUGGAAGGAUUCCGCGGGGGGUUGAUCUUCCAAGUGACGUUGCUCAUGAGAAGCACCCUGAGAAAGGUGGCAUGAAUUAGAUGCAGGCUCAAAGUCUCUCUCAUAGCUGUAUCGGGCGCUAUCAGUGCACAGGAAUCACUGGGAGUAGUGUAUUUCAAUGUAUAGUUUACAGCCUUUUCUUUUACAUCGAAGUGUUCUUCUGAUUUCAACUCUAGCAAUAAGUCUCUCUCAUAGCUGUAUUGGGCGCUAUCAGUGCACAGGAAUCACUUGGAGUUUCAGUAUAAUUCAAUGUAUACUUUACAGCCUUUUCUUUUA